UUGAUAUGGUGCUGAGUUCUUAAGUCUGACGGCAGUUUCAGGAGGAGACAAACAGAAGAUCUGGGCUGAAACCUUGUUCUACUAGAACAUGUGAAAGUUGUAAACAAGCAUUGUGGAAAGGAGAAUCCCAGAUCUAGUGAGGAUGACUGAGUUGAUGAAGGCUGAAGCAGAUGAACCUGGAGGGUUCAGUUUAGAGCCACCUGUACCUGCAACAUCCACAUCAGAACUGGAGGAGGAAACGCAAGACCGCAAAGAUCUCAUCCAUCAGAUGUUGGUGAUCAAAAAAGAAGUUCCCCAUGACUGGAACCCCACUUUGGACCCUCAAGACCAAGAGCCCCACCACACUAAGGAGGAAAAUAAGGAACUAUGGGUUCAUCAGAAGGAAGAGCAACUUACUGUUAAGAGUGAGGAUGAAGAGAAACCUCAGUUAUCAGAGAUUCAUCAGAUUAAAACUGAAGACGAAAGGAAGACGAAAACUGGAGGGGAGAACUGUGGAGGACCAGAAUCAGGCAGAAAAGCAGCUGUGUUACACUCUUCACAACAAAGUAAGGUGAUGGUGAACAAAAGAGCUAAAAGAUCUAAACUGCAUUCCAAACGUGUCUCUCAGAUUAGUGUGCACACAGGAGAGAAACCAUUUGGUUGCAAUAUUUGUGGCAAAAGAUUCAGGCACAAGCCUUAUGUUAAGCUACACAUGAUGAUUCACACUGGAAUAAGAGAACAUAGCUGCGAUUUUUGUGGUAAAGGCUUUAAAGAAAAACGUUGUCUUCAGACACAUAUGAGGCUCCACACUGGAGAGAAACCAUUUGCCUGUGAUGACUGCGGCAGAAGGUUUCACGCAAAGACAAGUCUGAGGAGUCACUUGGAGGUCCAUUCAGAAGAAAAUCCAUUUUCCUGUGAUGUUUGCGGUUCAAGAUUUAAAAGGAAUGGAAAUCUUAAAAAGCACAUGAGGAUCCACACUGCAGAGAGACCUUUUGUUUGUAGUGUUUGCAGUAAAGGAUUUUCACAACAAAUCCAUCUAAAAAGCCACAUGACUGUUCACACGGGAGAGAAACCGUUCAACUGCAGGGUUUGCAGCAAAGAAUUUUCACGACAAGGAAAUCUAAAGAGGCACAUGAGCGUUCACACAGGAGAGAAGCAGUUUAUUUGUGGUGUUUGUAGUAAAGGAUUUUCAAAGCAAAACUAUCUCAGAAAUCACAUGGAGUGUCACACUGCACCGUUUAGUUGCAGUGAUUGCGGUAAAUGUUUCCUGGAGGAAAUGCAGUUGAAGCAGCACAUGAGACUUCACACUGAAGAGCGUCCGUUUGGUUGUGACGUCUGUAAAAUCAGGUUUAACAAAAAAUAUAAUCUUAACAGUCACAUGAGGCUCCAUCUAGGAGAAAAACCGUUCGCCUGUAGAGUUUGUAGUAAAGGGUUUUCACGACAUGGAGAUCUGAAGAAACACAUGUGUGUUCACGAGGGUUUUAGCUAAAGAUUAUUUUUCAUUGUAUUUUUAUUUGACUGUCCUUCUAGUGUUUCUGUGGGCACAAUUUUAUUUCUGUGAAAGAUAAAUUUGAUACAGUUUCUUAAACAUGUACGAAUAUGAAGCGAAAGAUGUUUGCAGGAUCCCAUUUGCGGAUCGGAUCACAUGACGGGCAAUAAAGUGAAUCACUGUGUCGUUUCUCGUCAAUUCCACUUGAAAGGGCAGAACUUAGACUCUGGGGUCCUUCUAAAACCAGAGAUAUGAUUAAAAAAUAUCAAACUAUAAAGGUUAAAAAAAAACUGAUGAGACGAGCAGGAUUUUUUGGUUGUUUUUUUUUUUUCAAAAUUGUUUCCCCAUUUGAAACGCCUGUUGGUUGAAUCAUGUUAUUACUGUGUGAGAAAUAUACCCGACAGUUCUGAAGUGGACCAGGUGGGGGCGCCAAAUAUUGUCAGGCCAGAGGUCAAGCCAGUGAACUUAGUUGUAGAGAUGGGUCAAUAUUUAUCUGGCAACAUAUCAGCCAACUGUCUCACUCAUUUCAAAAAGACUAAUUCUGACUUUCCCGAUCUUCUAUUUUUGGUUAUAUUUCAUGUUUAUUUUGUUUUGAAGAGUAGAUAAAAUUAAUUUUAAAAAAUCAGCUUCAAAUACAGAUUUUCCUUGGAAAUAUUCUUAUAAAUUAAUUGUGUAUUUUAAUUUAAUUGUCCACAUGUUCAUAAUUUGAAACCUGUUUACUUUUUCUAGUUCCAUAGCAGUUUUUUGAGUUUUUUACUGUAAUAAAUGGCUCUUGUUUUUACAGUUUGGAGUACGAAAUGUUAAUAAAAAAAUAGAUUAAUGAAGGAAUAAAUGUAUCAAUUCACACAAGUGAAUUGUAAUUUAUUUUUGUCUGAAAAUAAAAUACCAAACACUAAGAGAUAAAAAAAAAAAAAAUUCAAAAUCAGAAGUCAAAUCAACCCUGGCUUGGAUCAUUAUUUGCUAAUUAAGCUUUUUAAGGAGCUUAAAGAAUUUUAUUCUUUUUCUGAAAAC